AUGCCUUCUGUUGCUGAAGAGCCACUCGCACUGGAUAGCGCGCUAGAUUUGCUGCACGAAGGUAUGGUAUGCAUGCGGCUAUACUACCGAGGCCGACACUUACAAUGUACUGCAGCAUCCCGAUUGCCAGCUAAAUCGAGGUCUGUCAAAGUCUCUGGUCUGGUUGAUGUAGUUUGCCGGCACGCAUUGGACCAUGGCCUGGACCAAGAUGCCCUUCGGGAUGUCGUACAGCUCGUAUCGGUCAAGACCACUUUAGAUCAGUCCAGUGUGACAACACUGAUCAAGAACCUUUACCCUGCUCAGCGUAUACCCAAAGAUGUUGUCAUUGCUGUGGUGGGCGCGCUUGGCCAGGGCAAAGGCAAACCGUCAUUAGGUACUCAGGAUAGCCUUGUCAAAUGGCUGACCAUUGUCCAUGAGAUAAUCGAAGACCCCGGGGUCCUGUCGAGGCUGUACAGCGUCCUUUUUGGAAUGCUAGAUAUGAUUAGCAUCAGGACUUCUCUAUGCUAUCUCUUGUCCCUGCUAACCCGCCGAAAGCAUGUCAAGCCGUUCAGGAUACAACAACUACUCGAAAUCUCUCGUGGAAUUGGUAAUGAACCUGCCUUGCAAGGUCUACUCCGCGUAUACAAGGACUACUACCCCGAUAUAAUCCUUGGAAGCACAUCCACGAGCCGAAAGUCCUUUGCUCCGCAACCGGAUGAAGAGUGGCGUACUCGAAUUGCGGCAGUCCAAGAGGCGAGCGUUGCAGCGGAUGACAAUGUCGCCGAUCGAUAUAACGGUUUUAAGGUGUUACGAAAGGGCCCCAGACGGGGCAAAUCGUCGGCUAUCCCCGAAGUGCACACCUAUCAAACCACCGAGACGUCCGUGACGCUUGAAGGUAUCGAUAAUGUUGAGGAUUUUGUAGAACGGCUUGACACCAUUGAACCACCCGGUCAAUUAAUCUCUCUCCUCACCGACCCACUUCUGCAAAAGUACGUUGACCUCAAGCCGACUCCAAUAACGACAGCGCGCAUCAGUCUUUGGCUUGCGACUUGUCUAGAAGACCAGUACUUGGGGGCACGACUAGGAAAUGGAGAGUCACAAUAUCUUUCUGAACUGCUCCAAGGGCUCCUCAGACAUACCCAAUAUUCAAAGACUUUACAUCCCACGGUCCUCGCAUUCCUGGAAAGAUACAUAUCUAUAUGGGACGGCAUGGACAAUGUUGAUGCAGUCCUUGGACUACUGUCCUAUAUGCCCAUUAUCUCAUUCAAGGACGCCUAUCAAAGUUAUAUCGCGCCCAUUGAACAGGCGCUAUCCCACCAUGACAUCGCAACAUAUACCAAGGUGAUCGAAUUCUACACCAAAUUACUACAGCAUCAAGUCUGCCUAGUAUCAAGCCAACGAGAAAGGAGCAAAUAUGCAACUAAACACGUCAUCAGUGAUCUUACAUCACAUGUACCCAUCCUAUCCACCUCACUACGACUCUCAACACCGCCGGCUUUUCUCAACACCCUUACAUCCUCAGUACUCUCCUUCUACGAGCUUCUAUCCUCAUCCUCGCGAACAAAGACAAACGCUCCACCACCUGUUCCCAUAACCCUUCCUCCACCCCAUCUCAUCUACCUCCUCGCCCAAGAUGAAUCACUGACAACAAUCUCACGCAUCUGUGGUAUCCUUGGCGCGUACAAGAACGCGUUCGAUAGCCAUCCGAAGCCCGUGAGCCGGUACUAUGCAGAAAGCGUGACAAACACUUUCAACACGUGUUUGCGGGACAUUUACAACACGCUUUGGGUGUCCAAAGCUCUCGUCGCUGCAGAAGGCAAGUCUGUAGGCCUGUAUUGCAUGCCGGAGCUGCGCUUGCAACUCCACGAGUACCUGAGUACCAUUGACCGCUCGUAUACGAUCGAGACGGCGUUUGGGCUGUCGAAUAACGCAUGUCUAUCCUCUCUGUCUGCAGCUGCGUGGCAUGAGCUGGAGAAGCGCGAGAUGGAGCGAAGGGGCGGGGAUGUGAAUAGUGUGGUGCAUAACAUCGGACCUAUUCACAAGGCCACUUUAGAUCGACUCAAGAGGGAAGGGGUCAUGAGCGUGGAAUGGGACGGGCCGGAUGGGUACAAAGUUCAUGUAUUGAGGUGGUUGGAGGAAAGAGGGCUGGGAGGCAUAAAGGGCUUGAUGUUCGCCAUUGCCACAAAUCUGAGGGGAAAGCUAUUGCAAGCUUCGCGACAACCGGUGAUAGUCGUACCAAGUAGAGCUUUUUCGGUCGAUUACUGUCGCUUUCUUAUAUUGGGCGGCUUGCCUUGCUUCCAGGGAGCAAUUCAUGGUACGAAUCACGCGGCCAUGAAGUUUGGUACGACGCUGCGCAAGAGCGUGUAUGAGCCCUGGAAGGACAAGUACAUCGACUACGACAAGCUCAAGAAGCUGCUCAAGGACAAUGAGGACGACGAUAGCUGGACCGCCGACGACGAGAGCGCCUUCGUAGACGAGCUGGCCAAUGUGCAGCUGGAGAAGGUGCACAACUUCAUCAAGGACAUUUCGCAGAAGCUGCGCGACCGCACCUCGGCCUGCGAGAAGAAGCUGGAGCCGCUGGCGAUUGGCAUAAAGGGGCCCGGUGACGAUGAGGCCAAGGGCAGCGACAACAAGGGCGAAGGCGAGGGCGAGACCAAGUCUGCGCAGACGGGCGACGCGCCCAAGAAGCCCCAGCCCAGCCAGGCAGAGCAGCAGCGCAUCCUCAAAGAAGUCCUAGCCGAGCUUGACACCAUCACCAAGGAGACCAAGGAGCUCGAAGGCUUUAGUAGGCUCAACUUCACCGCCGUCAUCAAGGCCACCAAGAAGCACGACAAGCUGCGCGGCGCCUCGUACCGCCUGCGGCCCUUCAUCGACGCCCGCAUUGCCCGCCACCCACUACACACUGAAGACGCCUCGCCGCUGCUGUACCGUCUGUCGGCACUUUACUCGUUUGUGCGCCAGAGCCUCGAGGGCAAGUCCAAGGAUGCCUUGUCCUUUGGCGAAGGCACCACCGAUGGCGAGGGCUACCGGUCUCACAAGUUCUGGGUCCACAUGGACAAUCUCUUCGAAGUCAAGACCGUCAUCCUCCGUCGUCUUCCCGUGCUCGUCUACAACCCCCAGACCUCCAAGAUUGCCGAGGGCUCCCAGCGCGAUCCCACCAUCACCUCGAUAUACUUUGACAAUCCCAACUUCUCCCUGUACACGGACAAGGUCAAUGGCAAGCCCAAUGCCUCGUCCCUCCGUCUACGGUGGUAUGGCCAAUUGAACGAGAAGCCCGAGAUUCUCUUUGAAAAGAAGGUCAUCAAAGAGGGCGACGUUUCUGAAGAGAUUAGGUUUCCUAUCAAAGCGAAAUAUGUGCAGGCAUUCCUCGAGGACAAGUACCAUAUGGAGAAGAGCAUCGAGAAGAUGGAAUACAGGCCGAACAAGGACCAGAAGCAGCUUGACAGCUUCAAACAAGCUGUCCAGGACAUUCAGGGCUUCGUCAAGACGCAGAAGCUCCAGCCCGUCUUGCGCGCCAAUUACACUCGUACAGCCUUCCAGAUUCCUGGUGAUAACCGCAUCCGCAUCUCACUAGACACCAAUCUGGCUCUGAUCCGCGAAGAUGCCCUGGACCUCGACCGGCCAUGCCGUGAGCCUGAUGACUGGCACAGGCGCGACAUUGACAAUGCAAACAUGGAGUACCCAUUCAAGGCUAUCAAGAAGGGCGAGCUGCACAAGUUUCCCUACGCGCUGCUCGAGAUCAAAGUCAAGGGCCUCAAGAAGUACGAAUGGAUCGAAGACCUCAUGAACUCUCACCUCGUCAAAGAGUCACCACGCUUCUCCAAGUUUGUGCACGGGGUCGCCAAGCUCUUUGAAGACAAUGUAAAUACGUUCCCCUUCUGGCUCAGUGAAGUCGACAACGACAUCCGCAAAGCGCCCGAGGAAGCCUUUGACAACGAGCAAGAAAGGAAGCGCAAGGCCGCCGAAGACGACUUUGCUGUAGGCUCCCUCUUUGGCGCGCGUGCCAGCCCCAGCUACCGUGCCUCUAUCGUCUCGCCCGUCGGCUCCCCCGCUGGUGCUCGCUCAGGCCCAAAAUCCGCAAGCGCAGCGGCCCACUCGAUGCCUGUUGUCAAGCCUCCGCUACCAACCAUCGGCUCGCAUCUAUCCGGCCAAUUCCAGCAAGAAAACAACACGGGUCGUGUCAACGAGGAAGUGGACUCUGACGAAGACGACACCCAGCCCUUGACCAAGAGUAUCAGGAGCAGCGGCUUCGCCUCCCUCUUCCCCGGCUUCUCCACCUCCAAAUAUGCCCGCAAACAGGCCCGCAAUGGCCUCACGCCAAACCGCACCAACUUACCCCCGGGCAUCCGCGACCCCGGCGUCUGGAUUAAGGACCAAGGCGCCGUCCGCGUCGAACCCAAGGUCUGGCUCGCGAACCAGCGUACCUUUAUCAAAUGGCAGCAUGUCUCCGUGCUCCUGGCCUCGCUUUCCCUUGGCCUGUACAAUGCGGCCGGGGAGGGCAACGACAUCGCCAGAGCGCUGGCCGUGGUGUACACGUGCGUUGCAGCGUUUACCCUCGCCUGGGGCUACGGCAUCUACAUGUACCGCGAACGCUUGAUCCGCGAGAGAAGCGGGAGGGACUUUGAUGCCAUUACUGGACCGCUGGUGGUUUGUGUGGGCUUGGGUGUGGCCCUUGUGCUGAAUUUUGGGUUUAAGUACAAAGCCCUGCUCGAGGAGAAGCGAAAUCACGGCGCGCUGAAUACGACGUUUGGGGCCGAGCAGAUGGAAUUGAGAAUUUAA